GAGUUGGUAGAUACAUCGAUAUUCAUUUUCUUCUAGGUCGCGAGUUCGAAACUGCGUUAUCCAUUUUUCGUCAAAAUUUUCUCAUAUUUUUUUCUUCGUGUUCAUCUGCAACGCCAUGGACAAGAAUCCAAAGAAAACUCUCCGAAAGAUCAAGUACGCUCCAAAAAUUCCAAAGACGAAAUCCAGACCUCAACCAACCAAAAUCGAAGAAGAGCAUGUUGAAGAAGAUGAACAAAAAAGUGGUGAGAUUCAAGCUACUAUUCGUCGUUUGAAGGAAAAUACUGCAGGACGCCAAUCUAAAUUUGGAAAACAAACCAGUGUACAAGAUGCAUUUCCUGGAGGUUCAUCACUUUCCCCGAGAAUACUUCGCAGUGGUAGUAAAAGAAGUGGCUUAGAAUCUAAAUUUUUUGCUAAUGAGAAAAAUGGUUCAUCAUAUUCUUCAACUGCAAUCAAGGAUUUCUAUACUUCUGCGAUAGAUGCUGCUGAUGAUUCCACCGAUGAAGAAGACUACAAGGAACUAUGGAAUCGUCCUGACUCGAUCUAUCCUGUUACUCUUCCUCUGAGGAAACCCAAUUCUGGAAAUCCAGCCAUUCUUGAUGAGGAGGAAUUUGGGGAGGCUGCUACAAAUAUGGAAUAUGACGAUAAACCUCUUAACUCUGCUGAAGAACUCGGACUGUUGGACAACAGUGAGCAACCCAAGAUGAUUGUCUUUCAACUUCCAACUGUACUGCCUGGUAUCAAUCAACCGGUGAGCAGGAAGGGGAAGGAGAAAAUGGACGCGUCGAAAACAGCAAAGCCGAAAAAGGGGAGUAACUUGUCACAACUUCCGAGUGGAUUUAUGGGCAAAAUGCAGGUGUAUAAGAGUGGAGCAGUCAAAUUAAAAAUCGGAGAAACCCAGUACGAUGUGUCUGCAGGUACAAAAACUAUAUUUUAUCAAGAUGUUGUUGCAAUUAACAAGGCAAAGAAAGACUACUCAGCACUCGGGGCGGUUACAGUUAACACAAAGGCGGUUGUAACUCCUGAUCUUGAUUCCGUUGAUUUGUUAAGAGACUAAAGCUAAGUACUACAUGAUUAAGUGCCGUUGUAAGAGAUAGCACAUAUUCUCAUGGCUUAUGUGAAUAGGAGAAAUAUUUUGUGAAUACAUCUGGUGAUUGGAAGUAUAAGCUAGGCAGUAAAAUUAGUAUGACAUUGGUGAAAUAUCAAGUGUAUAAUUUAAUUAGUGUUAUCGCAGUGCAGAAAUACUUAACUUUCUGAAUGUUGAACUAAAAUCAUUGAUGAGUAAAAAAAAACUAAAAUCAUUGAAAAA